AAUUUUAUUUGCUAGGUUUACGAGAUAAAAAGAAUAUUCUUGAACGACUUAAAUGCAGAGAUUUUCCUGUGUGGUUUUUCAAAUGUGAGAAAUUUGUACUUUUUAUGCAGCUUAUCAUGACAGUGUAAUUACCUUCGCAAAUUGCACGCUCGGAGUGUUUUGAUUUCUUCGUUUGUAUCGCUUUCCAAGUCGUUUUCUACCAGAAAAUAUGUUAGAAUUUACCACAAACUGGCAUCUUCUGGAUGGCAACCUACAGAAUGUGAUAGAUUUGUCUCACUGUGAUGAAAAGUCCUCAGAACUUCCAGAAUUCCCAACGGAUAUCGUCGAUGAUGCCCGCACGAUUGUCCUGGAGCGUCCUGAGGAUGGCGAGGACGAGAAUCAGUGUAGUCUGACCAUCCGGUCGGCUAAUAAUCUCAUCAAGUCUGUGAGCUUCGCGGUUUCAUAUUGCAAGAGGGCAGAAAUCUUCUCUGGAAUCUCUUUCACAUACCGGGAGACUGUCGAUGGAGCCGUGUACAGUGAGAUCAACGAGCUAGAUGUCUACAGAUACGAUAUUAGGUUCGACAAGGGAGAAUCCUUCAUCACAGUAAAGCUUAUUCCUCGGGAAAGCCCAAUUGUAAUCUUUGGAGUUCAUGUCAAAAUACUGGAGCGUCCGUGGAAGCCAGCUUCUUUCCUGCCAGGAGUGGAUAUGUCUAAUCUGAGUGAAUUGCUGAAUCUGUCUAGCUUGAAUCCCUCCGAAGAGUCCCAGAAGCUGAAGAGUUCAUUGGCCUCGAAGCUGAUGGUUCAAGCGAUGUCCAGCAACGCUGCCAAGAGCAGUUCAUCAGUGCACAAUCUCCCAACGCAGUCGAACACCUUGGCAGAAGGCGAUAUAAAGGAGUUCCUCGAACAACGUUUAAAGAAACUGGAGGAGAAUAUCACUAGACAGAUUGAUGAGAAACUGGAGAUGCUUGAGAAGCGCCAGAAUGAAAGAUUGUCAGAGAUUCUCAAUGAAAUCCACUGUCUUAAGCUAUCUAAAUGA